GCGAGCAUCAUUUCAUUCAACUACCUCUCUCGCCCUCUCUCUCUCUCUCUUUACUACUCUCGUUAAUGUGCUGCUCCAGUGUGUUGUUCAUUGAGGAUGAGAUUACUCUUCAUUUUUUCUUCUUAAGAACUUAAGAUCUUAGAAUUCAUUUUAUGUUAAUUUUUCCCCGUUCAACCUCUGGCUUAGUGAAUCUCUUCCAGGAUUGUGGCUCAGACAGAGGCUCAGAGUGGCUGUCUGCAUGUUCUGCUUGUGAUGGACGGUGAAGUCUGGCCUUUCUGCGACUCCUGGUCUGGAUGAGAUGGCUGAAAUGCCUCUGCUGCUCUUCCAGUUUGUGAACCAUUACUGUUAAGAGCUACAGGGGAGAAGGGGGGUAGGGGAAUCUACAGCCCACCGAGCAAGAGAACAAGUAAACGAGAUAGCCAAAGAGGAGGAGGAAGAGGAGAGAGCAACCUGUUCCUCUGUGCUAUGACCUAAAGCGAUGGAUAUUAACCUGCAGUCACACCGCUUCUACUUCCCCCAAAUCUACUGUGAUGCUGGUGCUCAGGUCACUGAGUAUAAGAUCAGUGAGCAGAGCAUUUGCCAGGCCCGUGCCUCGGUGAUGGUCUACGAUGACACCAGCAAGAAAUGGGUGCCAAUCAAGCCAGGCCAACAAGGCUUCAGCCGCAUCAACAUCUACCACAACACUGCCAACAACACCUUCCGUGUGGUGGGGGUCAAACUGCAGGACCAGCAGGUUGUCAUUAACUACUCCAUCGUAAAGGGGUUGAAGUACAAUCAGGCAACUCCUACCUUUCACCAGUGGCGCGAUGCCAGGCAGGUGUAUGGACUCAACUUCGCCAGUAAGGAGGAGGCCACCACCUUCUCCAAUGCCAUGCUCUUCGCCCUCAAUGUGCUCAGCACCCAGGAAGGAGGUCCAGCUGUUCAGCGCCAGGUACAGAAUGGGCCCACCACAGAUGAACUGGAGGCACAAAGAAGGCAGAUGGAGAUGCAGCAGCAGCAGCAACAGCAGCAGCAGCAACAACAACAGCAGCAGCAGCAAAUGCAGGCACAUAUUGAGAGAGAGCGUCGUUCAUCCAACUCAGGUUCCCCGUUUCAGGGACACCCCGCCGUGCUCUCUGUGGCACCUCCAAAUGUAGCGCCACCUCCUAUGUCAAUGGGAGGACCAUGCCCUCCUCCCCCUCCCCCUCCUGCGCCUCCUGGGCCUCCGCCCCCUUCAGCAGGAGCUCCCCCUCCACCCCCACCACCCUUACCUGUGGUUGGAGGGGGUUAUGGGGGCCACGGAGUGCAUCAUGAGGAAGCACACGCACCCACCGGCCUCGCUGCCAUGAUCGCCGGAGCCAAACUGCGUCGAGUGCAAAGGCCUGAGGACAGUUCAGCAUCUGGAGCCAAAAAUGAUGCCAACCGGACAAGUGGAGGGAGUGGUGGCCUGAUGGAGGAGAUGAACGCCCUGUUGGCACGAAGACGGAAAGCUGCAAGCCAGUCUGAAGAGAAGAAAGAUGGAGACAGCCAAAAUGACGAUCCAAAUUCCCCCUCUCCCAUGUCUAGAGGACAGAACGCCUCAGAUGGUGCAAAGAAGCCAUGGGAUCGAGCCAACUCUGCAGAGAGAUCAUCGUUGGUAUCUAAGGUUCGACCCGUGGGGAGUGGUAAUGACACAGACGCCUUAGACUUCGAUAGAAUGAAACAGGAAAUCUUGGAAGAAGUUGUUCGCGAAUUGCACAAGGUGAAGGAUGAAAUCAUUGAUGCCAUUAGACAUGAACUUAGUAGAAUUAGCACGACAUAAUCUCCCAGACCUGUGCGACCCAUCUUUUAUGAGACCCAAACCCCUGGCAGGAUCUGCUGUAGCUGAAGAGGGGAAGAUGCCCAGCAACAUUACCGCCAUGUUAAAGCAAACGGACCAUUUUGCUCUAACAUGAAGUGUACCUGAGCUAACCCUCAGAUAUGUGUAUGGAUGGAGGACACUUGCACUGAUCUCUCUGUUUUUGGGUUUAAAUAUUUGGUACCUGUCUUUUCAAAGUCUUUAGAGAAAAUGUUUUUAUGAUUUUUUUUUCAUUAUUAUUAUUAUUAUUGCUAUUAUUAUCAUUAUUAUCAUUAUUAUUAUUAGUGGUGGUAGUGGUGUUCAUGUAAGUGGUAGUAGGUUAGUAAUGAAAUGGUAAAAAUAAUUGAUAAAAUAAUGAUGAUAAUAAUAAUAAUGUCUUUGAUCAUUGCACAUGUCUAAAUGUUAGCCUUUUAUAUUUUUAUUGAUUUUAUUUUCCUUUUCUUGUGUUACCAUUCAUAAUAAACAUAUACAUAUAUACACUACCGGUUUAUUUCUCACUGAUCAUGUUUUGUUUUUUUUUUUAAAGAUUUUUUACAGUCGUUUUGGCAACACAAAUGUGUAUGUAAUCACUGACAGGAAGAUUUUUAAAACAAGGUGGAAGCAGUGAUGAGGGACAGGAGACAGACUAUUGCUUUUGGAUAUUGCAAUCUUACAAAGAGAAACAAACAUCAGUACACCCGAGUAUUUGUGACCAUGUUGUUAAUAAAAUGUUUAUUGGCUGCAAGGAUAUGGUGAAGUAUUGUUUGGUUUAUUCCCUUUUUGACUAAGUGCUUCCUGGUUUGGAGGAAAAGAAAAUAUACAUUACAUUUCAAAUGAACUGAAAUAAAACUCUGAAGAAAUGUCUUGGAUAAAU